AUGAGGUUUAAAAGUAAACCGUGGUUCACGCUCAUCUGCUACGGUAAGAUAAAACCUAAUAUAAUUAUGAUAUGUCGACUCGACGAAAAAAUCAAGGAACACGAUAAAGAAAAGGUAUCCUUCGAAAGGAGAACUCGCGAAUUAGCAAAUUUGUUGGAAACUUUAGAACACUUCGAUCUCGACGUUAAAACCUUGUGUCGCCUUACCGCGGAAGCCGUGGCAAAUUUAACCAAAGUCGAACCACAUUUCGAAGAAGCUAUAAAGAAACUGAGACAGUUUACUUGGAAAGUCAAUGAAAGAGAGUACGAUAAGGAAACAGACAAAUUGAGGUCUCAAAAUUUAGUACUGCGAGAAAUUAUCAAGAGUCUCAAACGAAAGACACAAAAUGAUUUAAGCAAAAGUACCGAUGAGAGCACGCAAAAAAACAACGACGUACAAAAUCUAGCAAAUGAUUUUAAAAAGGAGCAAACGAUUACAAAUGAUUUGACAAAAUGUACAAAAUGUUCUUUAACAAAAUGUAAUCUUGAAAAUAAGGACAUCGUGUCGAAAAGCGUUGAUAAAAAAGUGCUCUGCAUCGAGUCGCAUAAAAAUGGAAUUUUUUAUGAUGAAUAUGUGAUCGGAUUCUCAAACACUCGGCAAAUGAAAAUCAAACAUUCGCCUAUGACUAGUACAAAGAUGGCACACUUAAAAUUGGAAAUUUUCGAUUGCGAGGAAAAAUAUCAUGAAAGUUCGCCAGAUAAAGUUGUAAUACUCUUAAAAAAUCUUUCAACAUCCAUUAAAAUCGAACGUACUGGUAUUAACUGUGCCACUCAAACUGUGUUAACACGAAAAUGUGAUAAUUAUACGCAAACUUCGAUCACUCAAAUACGCGAUUUUCAACGAUUAAACGUUGGCCAUACGGUAUGUAUUCGAUCAUUUUUUUUUUAUAAAAUGAAUAUCAUGUUUCUACAAAAAGUUUCAUCGAUCAAACAGAUGUUAAAUAGCGAAAAACGUGCCAUCGAAAGGAAUUUAUCAAAUUUGGAACGAACCGUAGACCUUUUAAAAUGUAACACGUUACAUCACGCAAGAUCUAUGAUCGAGAACAAAUCAAAGUGUUUGAGAAAGGAGGAAUUUGUUGAAUGCAUCGAACGUUUAACUGGAGGAUAAAUAAAAUAUCCUACACGUUGUAAAAAAGUUUUUAUAAUAGGUAAGAAAUUAAAUAAAAAGUGACUGGACAAUUAACAAAACUCUCACAUUUAGUAGAAGGUCACUGAUCGUGUUUUCUCUUUAAAAACGCUAUCCAAUUAAUCUUAUACAAGUACUAUACACGCAUAGAUAUACAUAUUAUAAAACAUAUACAUAUCAUACAUACACAUAUGCGUGUUGGUGUGUGGGUGUUUGUGUGUGUUACGUACUUAUCGUUAAAAUUAUGCAGUAAUAAUUCUGCGAAUUGCAUCUACUAUAAAAAUUCACCAAUCUAAAUUCACGUAUAUAAUAACAUUUCAUUGCUUUUAUAUUAUUAUUAAUAGUAAUAAUUCUAGAACACGUUUAGAAAAAUUUGU